AUGUCAAUUCUCGAUAAGCAUGGCGGUGAUGGUUCGUGUUUCCACCACCUUCAACCCCGAGCCAUCGCGCCUUGCCAGAACUACGACAGACUCAGCAUCAGUCCAUGCGACUCGAUGACCUCGCGUGGAACCAGCGAGGGGAGCAAUUACGAGGUUUUUCGGGAAUGUCUCUCCAGCGCAAUCGUGCAAAGAUCCGAUAAUGGCAGACGCAACCGGCCAUCCAAGCGAAAAGCGCAGAAAUCCAAACGCGGCACUAGGAAACUUGCUACUGAUGAAGCUGGGACGGAUACCACGGAUUCCGAUUCCUCAUCUCUACCAUCUCGGGUGAAUCCAGAAGAGCUAGCCGAGUUCAUCGAUUUCCUCGCAUCAGAAACCUUCCCCUCACUACCAACAGACCUCCAAACCCUCUCCUACUCAUCCAUCCAGCACGACCCCGUCCUCGCAGACAAAUACGCCUCCUCCCCGCUCCCCCGCUCCCUCGAGUCUAUAACAGCUACCGUCCCCGUCGCAGUCUCCGACUCGCUAUCCGUCUACGGACUCGUCCCUGAUCCCUCUGACGUCCCCGAUUUCUUCGCCCCAGUGCUGAGCGAGUACGUCGCCAGCGUGACCGCCGCGCCGCCGGUAUGGGCGACGACGCGCACCGACGCCUGCGAGAUCUGCGAGCGCGACUGGAUCCCCCUCUCGUAUCACCAUCUGAUUCCGCGCGGGGUGCAUGCAAAGGUGCUCAAGAAGGGGUGGCAUGAGGAGUGGAUGCUGAAUAGUGUGGCGUGGCUGUGUCGGGCGUGCCAUAGUUUUGUGCAUCGGAUGGCGAGUAACGAGGAGCUGGCGAGAGAGUACUAUACCGUUGAGAGGAUAAUGGAGAGGGAGGACGUGCAGGAUUGGGCGAAGUGGGUGGGAAGGGUGAGGUGGAAGGCGAGGUGA